AUGAGCAAGCUAAGUGUGCUAGGCGGCGGAGAGGCGUGUGGUGCGAGGUGGACCCUAGGAGCACUCCUCCUGGCACCUCUUGCAGCCGCUAACUCUAGCUAUUGCGCUGUACCUGCUGUGCUCUUACUGGCUGUUUUUGUAACAUUAGGAACGUUUACACGUCGAGACUUAAAGAAAUUGGCAGAACUGCUGCCACCUUCAAAAACGGGAAGAGGUCGACGUGAGAGAAAUUUGCGAUCAUUCGCUGAUUUCAUGUCAAUGUGGAUGUGUUUUCUUUCCCAUCUCGUGGCCGUCGCUGUUUGCGCUAGAAUUCUUAGUGCUACUGCAGAUCAUGUUACAGCAGGACGGACUAGAAGAUGGCUUUUUGGAUAUGAAACAAGAUCUUUGGGCGAGCCUUGGCCCGAUGUGUUAGGAGUAACUGUCGUGAUGGUUGUUUGUGCCAUGUUUAUGUGCGGUCUGGAGGAGAGCAUGAUGUUUACUUUUAUGCUUUUGGUGGUACUGUAUAUAUUUAGCCAAUGUUUCGCUAUUUUUGGAUUGAUCAACUUGGAUAUUACAAAUAUUAAAAUACCAAUUCCAAUUACAAUUUACGAGCUAUUUGCUGCAGGAGCUCCGAUUUCAUACGCCUUCUGUAUUGUUUCACCACCUAAGGAAAAUGAGACUAUGAAAAAGAAAAUUAUCUUAAUGAUUAUUUUACCAACAAUUGUGCUCAGUAGCUUAUGUUUUCUUUACACCAACAUGCUGAAAGGGACAAGUAUAGACGCCGCUUUACCCAUGACUACGUUAUUAGAAGCAAGAACUGCGAGCUGGGUUUGCCCAGUGUUAGCUGCUAUUACCGUCGCCGGUAUUUGCCUUGCUUUGACCGAGUUAUGCCCUUUACUCUUCUCCAUACUUGUAGCGUUAGCGUCACCAGAAUGGAAGGUACUAACAAGGUCAAUGACCUAUGAAAGCACCACUACUGGCAGCCCGGUUUUGGCUGUUUUUACUGCAGGAAGUUUAGCAGCAAUUCUGGCGUUUGCUUGUCCUUUGUCACAUAUGAUAACGCUUAUGAAUGCUAGUCAUCUACUAAAUGUAUCUAUACAAGCAUUUCAUUUUAUCAUCAUGCGUUGUGUGCCGACAGCCGAGCAGAUGGAAGCUGGGGCGGUAGAAUACAAACGACUAGGUACCGAAAAUAUUUCACGAUCCGCAAAAUCAUCUGAAAAAAAGGCGAAACGUGGUCUUUGGUUUAUUCCUUCAGCUAUUCGUCACACGAAAACUUUAGAAAGCAUAAAGUCAAAAGUAGGAAAAGAUACUGAAGACCGCGAAUGCCUUUUACUAGAUGAAUAUUCUGGGUGUCCCUUGGAAGAGGGUGACCAAGCCACUAGCAGUAGCAGUGGAACAAGAGUUUUGGCUUUAGCUGAAGAGGAGGACGUACAGUCUGAUAUCGAAGCAACUGACGGUGAAAUAUCUUCGGGUGACGACUCUACAGAUAUCGACGCAGUAGUAAAAGAAUAUAGAGAUAGAAUACAGGUAGUAACAGCGAUCCCAGAAGCAAAUUUGCCCAUACCGCCUUGUAUGCGAGGUGCGCGGUGGUCGGCAGUUGGCGCGGUCGUCCAAGUAAUCGCCAAUGCAUUUAUUGCUGUCGCUUUCUGUAAUGAUUCUAUGCGAGUGCCAAUGUUUGGAACUGGAAUACCACUAUGGCUAUGCGGCACACUAAUCAGUGUAUGGCAGCCUGCGCAUAAUAUUGGCAUUAAACGACUUCAUAAGCUUCAAGGGCCAAUUACUUUAAUGGUAUCGUUACUGCUACUCACGCCACUGCUACUCAGUUCUUGGCCUGCAAUAAUACUUUUCGCUGGAGCAGGAGUAGUUAUAUACGCCCGUUGCGAACGUUGGUGUGGAGACCUAGCUGUACAACAAGCGAGGAGCACGAUAGAGAGACGCAAGUUGCGCCAUGUUGCAUCUGCCGUACCACUCACUGGCACCAGACUCACCCACAUCGACACUGUGUAUAUUGCUAGA